AACAUGGCCUUAAAAGCACAAUUUAAGAGACAAAUAAUUGUUUUCUCGCACACAAAAACACAAAUUGUAUAAUUAUAAAAUGUCCACUCUAAUUCGGUUCUUUCAACUUAAUUAUUUCAGUGUUUUGUGUGUUUAUAAUUUCCGCAAAGAAGGGCCAGUGACGGGUGUGCGAGGUCACCUCACUUCUAUAAAUGCAUCUAGGUACCACCUUCUUGUUAUUUGAUCGCACGAUAAUUGUAUUAACAUCAUGAAAACAGUGGGCACACAAUUUUUUGUUUUGGUUGUGAUUGUUGGUACCGUAAGGGCGAGCCAUUUGGGUGUGGGAUUGGUAGGGCCUGGUACUCACGGUGUGGUACUUCAAGGACCUGGCUCGAAAACCACUCUACUGGGGCCUGAUGGUAGCCACAUUUCCGGUUACGCUGCUGGUGGUACCGUUGUUGCACCUGCCCAUCAUGGAGGUGUUGUAAGCGCAGCGGUAGCUCCUGGUUACGUAGGAGUAGCUCCUCUUUUGGCAACAGGAUCUGGGCAUGAAGGACAAUACAUUCCCGAUUACACGGAACAUUUGUACGAUGAUGGGUCGUAUAAAGGGGAUUUGUACGAUGAACAUUAUUGAAUAAGUGAAUAAAUAAGCAUUUACCACACAAGCCAAAUACAUAUAUUUUUUGUUAAUCAAA